AUGAAAUGCUACACAGGAAAUGAUCAGUACAACUAUGAAGAGAAAUACCCCGAGGAUGCCAUCUAUGAAGAAACAACACCGAAUGCGAGGGUUUGGAGAACGUACGAAGACGAAAGCAAGAUUCACGACGCCAACAUGGUCGAAGAAUCCCGAGAUAAUGUCGACGUAUUGCUCGUAUUUGCGGGUCUUUUCUCGGCCAUUGUGACGACAUUUGUGGUCCAAACGUCGCAGAGUUUGCAACCAGACUAUGCUGCCAUGUCGGCUUCCCUACUUUAUGAAUCGGUCCUUAUUCAACGUGCUAUUGUCAACGGCUCCCCGGUCGACACCAUCACCCCUUCUUCACUCAAUCCCACCAUCACUUUUGUUCCUGCUACUACGGACGUUUGGGUGAACGGACUUUGGUUCACGAGUCUGUUCCUAAGCAUUACGACUGCACUCGUUGCCGUUCUCGUGAAGCAGUGGCUGCACCAUUAUGUUGCCCUCCCUUCAGGAACACCACGCGACCGCAGUUUUACUCGUCAGUUUCGGUAUGCCGGGUUUCAAAAAUGGCAUGUUCAAGUUAUCAUAGGACUCCUCCCUGUCUUUAUGCAUCUCGCUCUAGCAAUUUUUCUCGGCGGCUUGGUAGUUUUCCUUCAUCCACUC